UACAAAAUUUUUUUGACCUCAUUAACAGUCUCGCUAUCUUCGAUGCCUCAAUAUUUCACACUAGCCUAUAUAAAAGCAAUUAGUAUAAACAUUUAGUUAUUUCUAAAAUGUUGAAGUGUACGGUUCUUGUGGCGUUUCUUGUGUUGUUAAAACACACAUGUAGUGGACGGUAUUUGCAAACGUGCGGGCCGAAUGAUAAUGAAAAAACUAUUUUUAAUCAAACUGAUUACAGUGUGAUCGGCCCACCCCUUCUAUAUCAUGAUGUGGAAUCUGUCCUUGAACUUUUAAGGAAACCUGAGUACAAAGCCAACAUCUAUGUGCAACAGUUACUUGAACAAUACCAUCAGGCUAAAGAUCGAGACCAACAAAUAGAAGCUCCAGGAAAUUCAAAAAAGUAUCCAUUGAUUGUCAUCGAGGGAAUGUCUGGAACAGGUAAAACCACUGUUUCAACUGCUUUAAUAAAUAAAUUAAAUGGAAAAAAAAUCCAUUCUCCACCUAAAGGAGUAAAAGCAUUGCGGGCGGCAUUCCGCAAUACUACGGAAUUAGAUAUGGCUUACCAAGCUAUUGGAAACUACAUUGGAGGACUAGAAGUACAACGCAUGCUUAGAGACUCACCCGUUGUAAUGGACAGGUACUGGCAUUCAUAUGCUGCUCUGGCUAUUUCCACUGCAGUUAACAAUUAUCCAGAUCAGUACCAGUUUCCACCAAAAGGAGAUAAAGUGUACGAUUGGCCAGAGGACUUACUUAAACCAGAUAUUGUUUUACUACUAAGUGUAGAUGAAGAUAUCCGAGAGCAGAGAUUAAACAAACGAAGGAAAGCACAUGGAGUGAUCGAGAAACCAGAAAGUUUUACCAAAUUUUUGAAAAAAUGUCCUCUCUUCCUCUCACACAUGCUUACUGCCUACAAAAGGAUGCAUAAUCCAGGAGUUGCUGUGAUAGACGGAAACCCAACGGUUGAAGAAGUUUUAAACAGUAUUUAUUCAAAGGUUAAGCCGCUAAUUAAGAAAAGUCAACCAUAAAUAAAUUAUUUUUAUUGUUUAGUUAUUUAAAAAUCAACAACCAACAAAGAGAUAGGAAUUACUUUCAAGUUAAAAUAGGUUUAGCUAUGGUAAGCUUUAAUUAUAGAUACAGAAAUUUUGACAAACAUCUAACACAGAUAGGAUGUUUAAUAUUUAAAUAAGUAAAUUUAUCUCUGUAUUUGUUUUUGACUAUGUGGAAGUAAUUCAUAGGCAAAUUUUUAUUUAUUAUAUACUUUAUUGUAUUUUGUUAUUUGUUUUAAAUAUACAAAGUUUUGUAUA